GUCCAAUCAUAAUAGAUCGCCAUUUUGGAUAGGAUAGACUCCGGACGAUAGACAAAUAGCUGGUAAUCCGCCGCCAUCCUCCGUUAUUUUUGACGCUCAAGCCAUAAGGCGUCAUGAGUGGGGGGAUUCCAUACCUGGGCAGUAAAAUCAGCCUCAUAUCGAAGGCAGGAAUUCGUUAUGAAGGCAUUUUAUACACUAUUGAUCCCAAUGAAUCGACUGUUGCUCUAGCAAAAGUUAGAUCAUUUGGAACAGAAGACAGACCAACAGAUCGACCUGUUGCUCCUCGUGAUGAAAUCUUUGAAUAUAUCAUAUUUCGUGGAAGUGACAUUAAAGAUCUUCAUGUGUGUGAACCACCAAAAGCACAGUCUUUACAAUCAUCCAUGCCACCACAAGACCCUGCCAUAGUGAAGUCCUCUCAGCCAACCUCAUCGGGUUUUCAUCAGCAGGGUGGUGGCGGUUAUAUUGGAUCGUCCUAUCAACCGUUUGGUGGUCCCCAGUUGUACAGUCAGUAUGGUCAAGGAGCAGCACCUCAGCCCUUUGGAGCUAUCCCAAACCAGUCAGGUUCCCGUGGUCCAUCUCCCAGUUUUAACCGUGCUUCUCCUACCGUGGAUCAGAGCAUACAAGUGGGUUCUCAGCAAGCUAUUCGACGCCCUGAAAAGCAUGAGUUGGAAGACCAUGACAGUUUUGGUCUUGAAUUUGAAGGGUCAAGAGGUCCGACUCCUCCAAGUGUUCAUUCAAACCGAAAGUCCCCAACUCUAGACCAGGGAACGCAGAUGAGUCCAGAGAAGGCACCGAAAGGAGCACAGCAACACAGUUCACAAAAUCAACAGAGCCACAGCCAACAUCAAAUGGGUGAUAAAUCGCGGAGAAACCAGCAACAAAGGCCCCAGUCCUCAAAUACUUACUCGAGAGGAGGAAGGGGAGGAUUUGAGCGAGGUGGAUUUGACAGGGGAGGUGCCCGGGGUGGAAGAGGAGGACCUCCAGAUAAGCAUGCUUUCUAUGGAGGACCACCAAGGGGAAAUGCCUCGCAGAGAGGACCCAAUAGGGGUAACCAGAGAGGUCCAUCAUCAAGGGGAAGAUAUCAGUCAAACAGGAAAGUGGAAUCUCCUCUCAAGUUCGAGGGCGAGUUUGACUUUGAGGAAGCAAAUGCUCAGUUUGAUAAGGAUGAGAUUGAAAGGGAAUUAAAAGAGAAAUUAACAAUAGGCUCAAGUGAAAAGAAGGAAGAAAAGUCUGUUAAUGGUGAAAAGGAAGACAGUGUAGAAAAUGGAGAAGAUGAAGUUCCUGAAGAUGAAGAAGAAAUCUGUUACGAUAAGAACAAAUCCUUUUUUGACAACAUUAGUUGUGAAGCAACAGAGCGUGCCAAAGGAAAGUCAACUCGUCCAAGUUGGAGAGAGGAAAGGAAAUUAAAUGUGGAGACGUUUGGCCUCUCUGACAACCCUCGUCGUAACUUUAGAGGGAGAGGAAGGGGCUUCUAUGGAGGCUUUAGAGGAAACCGAGGAGGUGGAGGUUUUAGAAACGAUGGAUAUCGAUCCGACAACUACCGAGGCAAUUACAGGGGAUUUAGAGGAGGUUUCCGACCAUCAUCAGGGAGAGGUGGAUCCAGUGGUGGUGGCAGGAGUCAAGGAUGGGUGGACUACGACUAUGAUUACGAAGCAGCAGGCAUAGAGAGACGAGGAAACAACAACAGAAAAGCAGCAGUGCAGUCAUAGACAACAUGAAAAACUUGGAUUGAGAUGAAGGAGUCACAAGAAGGCAGCUGACAACAUAGGGACACUCCUGGAUGUGUGGACAAACUUUUGGAAGAUGGUGUUUUCAUGGAGUGUCAUUUUCUGUGAAUUUCCAAAGAGAAUCCCUGUUUCAAAACUUGAAGUUUUUUUGCAGAUUUUGGCAGACUUCUCCCAACUUCUUUCAACUCUUGUCACCUGAAGAAGCAAUUUAGUAAGAGUGGCAAGCAGUUGUAAAACUCAAUUUCCAGAUGUACUGUAUACAAUAUUAGUGCUACUGCACACCAUUGGAAAACCCUGGUGUACAUGGACAUUAACUUUAAGCUUACUUGCAACAAAAUAUACUGUAAAUUAAUAUAUUUCUUUAAAUUUUUCUAGCGGGGUUGCACUGAAUUUAAUUAGUUUCAUAAAAGAAUCAAGAUAGAUUACUAUUGAAGCUCUGCAAGUUAUUAGAUCAACAGUAUGUUUUGCUCUUGAAUAGAAGGUUUGGUUUUACUUGAAUGAAAAAGUCAUAUGAUAGAAAAGUUCACUUAUUUUUGGUCAACAGUUGGUUAUUAUCUGACUUGGAAUAUGCAAAAAGAAAAAUGGAAAUUCAAAUGUAAAAUAUUAGUUGGCUUUUUUUUCAUCUUGAUUAUUUGUAUAAUUUUUAUAUAUUGGGUGUUAUGCAAGAAAACAAACUUUUUUCAAAAUGAGUUCCUUAUUGAAUAGAUAUAACAACAUUUUAAUAUCAAUGAAUUUAAGAAAAAAAAUGGCUGGGACAUGAAUAAAACCUUUUUUGUGAUGAAAUAAGGCUUUGUAGGCUUGCAUGCAUUUGAGAGAUUUUUGAAACCAAAUGCUUUAUUUGUAAAUAAAAGAAACAAUGUUUGUAAUAGUAUGACAGUAUUUGAUAUUUGCAGUUGUACUGAAAGAAGUCUUGUGCACAAUUAUUCGAUUUGAAAUGGGCAGGGACUAUAAAUCUUGGAUCAGAUUGUUCACUUCAUCUUUAAUUAAGCUGUAUGUAUUUAUUAUUUAUUUAAGAGAGAAAACAAUACAACGGCAAUUAUCAGCAAUAUUUUCUUUCCUUCCUUGAAAGUUCAUGCCACUAAUGUGAAAAACCUACUUUUGAACCUGAAAGCAACUUGAUAAUGAUGCAAAUACCAGUGUCCCUCUUGAUUCUCUGAAGUAAUUGGCAUUCUGAAAGGGAAAUCCAUUCUUUAUAGACAAAUAAAUCUGCGGUAUGUGAUCAGUUUCUAAGCAGUGGAAGUGAGGAUUUCAAAUAAAGAACAAAUGCAAUAUA